AUGGCGGCGGCGGCGGGAGCGGCGUGCUCGUCGGCCUCCGCCUCUUCGUCGGGCCUGGCCGGCGGGCGAGCACCGCGUCGGACGGCGGGGAACCGGCUCUCGGGGUUGCUGGAGGCCGAGGAGGACGAGUUCUACCAGACCACCUACGGGGGCUUCACCGAGGAAUCGGGGGACGAUGAGUACAAGGGAGACCAGUCGGACAGCGAGGACGAAGUGGACUCCGACUUCGACAUCGACGAAGGGGACGAGCCCAGCAGCGACCAGGACGACUCGGUGCCCAAGCGGAAGAGGAGGGUGGUCACCAAGGCCUACAAGGAACCCAUCAAAAGCCUGAGGCUGAAGAAGCCCGACGUCCCGGUUAGCAGCUCGCAGAAGACCAGGGAAGACAGAUCAGCGCCUACAGAACUGGAAGACACGGUGGACAGCCGGAAAUAUAUGCGCCAGUCGACCACCGAACACACCCGCCAGACCUUCCUGCGGCUCCAGGAGCGCCAGGUGCAGUCCAGGCGCAAGAAAGGGGGCGGCCCCAGCUACGACAGGCCCCUGACCCAGGAGGAGCUCCUGAGGGAAGCCAAGAUCACCGAGGAGCUCAACCUGCGCUCUCUCGAGACCUACGAACGCUUAGAAGCGGAUAAGAAAAGGCAGGUGCAGAAAAAACGGAAGUGCACGGGGCCCACCAUACGCUACUAUUCGGGGACGAUGCCCCUCGUCUCCGACCUGGGAUACAAGGAGGAGAAUGUGGACGUAGAGGGGUUAGAGCAGGAGGGUCUUCUGGAGACCCCCGCUGCGCCCGCCGUGAAAUGUUCCCGCACCUUCAUCACCUUCAGCGACGACGAGACCUUCGAGCGCGUCUUCCCCAGAGCCCCGCCCCCCAGGCUGCCCGUCAAGGAGGUCUGCCCCGUCACCCACAAGACGGCCGUCUACCGGGACCCCGUCACCGACAUCCCUUACUCCAACAUCCGCUCUUUCAAGAUCAUCCGCGAGGCUUACAAGAAGUACAUCACGGCCCACGGACUGCCCAGCGCCGGCACCGCAGCUGCCCUGGCGGCUGGCUCCCCCAUGGCCGACCAGGGCAUCCGGCCCACCCGGCAGAAGAUCAUCAUCAAGCAGAGCGUGCCAGCUCCCUGAAGCUCUCCGUUUCCCCCCACGGGUGGUUUUUGGCACUCGCGAGAAACCGAAAUUGUGGAAGAGCGGCAUUAACCCGUUUCUCGACUCG